AUGAAAUGUGUCUUCACCCAAUGUGCUGUGGACUGUAAUGGUGUGGUGAGCAGGACUAAAGCAGAUGUGGUCGGAGGGGGAGGGUUCGGGGGUUGGGGGGGGGGGGUUGCCGGGCGGGUUAAAGGCCCUCUCCACCCUGGGUCACUCUUCUCCUCCCGGGUCGCUCCCCUCCCUCUGGGCCCUCUCCCCCCUGGGUCACUCCCCUCCCUUUGGGCCCUCUCCCCCCUGGGUCGCUCCCCUCCCUCUGGGCCCUCUUCACCCAAGGUCACUCCUCUCCUCCCGGGUCGCUCCCCUCCCUCUGGGCCCUCUCCCCCCUGGGUCGCUCCCCUCCCUCUGGGCCCUCUCCACCCUGGGUCACUCCCCUCCCUUUGGGCCCUCUCCACCCUGGGUCGCUCCCCUCCCUUUGGGCCCUCUCCACCCUGGGUCGCUCCCCUCCCUCUGGGCCCUCUCCACCCUGGGUCGCUCCCCUCCCUCUGGGCCCUCUUCACCCUGGGUCGCUCCCCUCCCUCUGGGCCCUCUUCACCCUGGGUCGCUCCCCUCCCUCUGGGCCCUCUUCACCCUGGGUCGCUCCCCUCCCUCUGGGCCCUCUUCACCCUGGGUCGCUCCCCUCCCUCUGGGCCCUCUCCACCCUGGGUCGCUCUCCUCCCUCUGGGCCCUCUCUACCCUGGGUCGCUCCCCUCCCUGUGGGACCUCUCCCUCGGGGUCACUCCCCUCCCCUCUGGGCCCUCUCCCUCGGGGUCACUCCCCUCCCUCUGGGCCCUCUCCACCCUGGGUCGCUCUCCUCCCUCUGGGCCCUCUCUACCCUGGGUCGCUCCCCCUCCCUCUGGGACCUCUCCCUCGGGGUCACUCCCCUCCCCUCUGGGCCCUCUCCACCCUGGGUCACUCCCCUCCCUCUGGGCCCUCUCCCCCGGGUCGCUCCCCUCCCUCUGGGUCACAUCCCCAGGAGAUCGCAGCUCAGACAACAAGCUGCAGCCAUCACCCACAAUGCACUGCUCCAACUCUGCUCUGCCUCCAUUUUGCUCUAACCCUGAAUCAGCGACGUCCACGGAAAGGCGACUUUGA